CUGACUUUCAUGUCCUUUCCGCAGUCUCCAGUCGCACAGAUCAGCCAAGAGGGAAGACUCGAAUCUAAUGCUCGUCUUGGUGCUUUCGGCGGCGCUGCUGUCGCUUUUUCUAGUCGACGACGUCACGGCCGAGACGAAGCUCGUGUCGGCAUGUUCGGCCACACUGUCGGACAGCAAUCCGCCGGUUUUGGAGCCUCUGCGUGCUGUCAUAGGUGACGAAUACGCCAACCUGCUCGUGAAUGUGCUGGGCAACUCGGCCGCCAGCAAGUUCCUCAUCUCAAACGCUGGCAGUUCGUGCCUUGCCAGCAUGAACGGGACGUCGCUAGGCCAGGCAAUGGCCUCCAGUACAGCCGUCGAUACGUGCGCCAACGCGUUGGAGCUGCUUAACGUGCCGCUGGUGCAGUACGCGAUCGGCAAUUUCUCCAUCGCCUCAAGCAGCAGCGACAGUGGAGCGAUGGACUCAUUCAUUGAAGGUCUGGGACUUGUGGACGAGAGCGAAGUCGAGCAAAUAUGCUCCUUGUACGUGGACGGCUUCGUGCCGUGUCUGCGCUCGCAGCUGCUGCCGUCGCUGGCCACACUGCGCUCCACGGCGUCGAACGGAUGCUGUGCCGCCUGGGAGAGCGAGAGCGUCGCGCUAUUUGACUACACGAUCACGGGCCAAUACACCAAGAUGGCGCAGCUCCUCGGCGACGUGUUGUGCGCCACACAGACGCCGGCUUUCAACGGCACCAGCUCACAACGAUGUGGCUACACGUUCCUUCAGAGCUCGGAAGUGGUUGCCAACACCACGUCUGCUAACCGAGCUGCGGCACUUCUCAAGGACUUGCAGGUACCCACUGACCAGACCUGCCUCAAGGCUGAAGGUGAGGCUUACACAAACACAGACGGCGACAUCGUUGAAGCCGUCACAAGCAACCAGUAUACGACGAGCGGCUGCGUGGUAGCGCUGGAUCGCUUGGCUACGUGGAUCGACGGUCUUCCGCUCGCUGCCAACAGUUCCGAGUCGUACGGCGUCGAUCUGCAGUCUCUAUUUGGCUCGGGCAAAUGUGUCAGUGGUGCCGACGUGUUUCCGUUGAUCCAAGACUUCCUGCCCAGCUCUAUCGUGGACGUAGUGAGCACUUACUUCACCAACGCGUGUCUCCACGUGCCCAUCAAGUAUGCCGACGGCUGCAGCUUCACACGUCCAGCUUCAUUGGUAGAUUGGAACUACGAGCCAGCACAUGCAAGUCAAGCAGGAUCAGAAGAGAGCGAGACUGGCAUCUCCACCAUUAACUCGAUCAACACUGUACCACCGAAUGUGACGGCAGACUCAAGUGCUGUAGCAACGUCUUGUGGCUUCAUAGCAACAGCCGUCACCUUAUUACUCAGUGUCUUCAUGUGGUAGCAAGUAGAGAUAUUAACAUGUUACGAAACCGAGAAAUUCGAGAAUCAUUUGAUAUUCCACCGUUAGACUUGCUAG